AUGAACUGUUCUUCCCAUUCUACUAUCAAGUGUGAAAAGGACAGCUCUCCAAGCUGUGAUGAUGAGAGCAGAAAGAAAAAGAUCUGCAUUGAAGAGGAAAAUAGACAUUUGCAUAGAAGCAACGCAGCAGGGAAGCGAUUAACUUCUACUGAAUCCCAAAGUACAUUUUCAAAACUUGACAAGCUGAAAUCCCACAUGAGAACUUAUACAGGAAAGAAACCAUUUACUUGCUCUGUAUGUCAAAAAAGUUUUUCUGUUUCAAGUUCUUUCAAAUGUCACAUGAGAACUCAUACAGGAGAGAAACCAUAUACUUGCUCUACAUGUCAAAGAAGUUUUUCCCAUCAAAGUCAUCUCAUAUAUCACAUGAGAACUCAUACAGGAGAGAAACCAUUUACUUGCUCUGUAUGUCAAAGAAGAUUUUCUGAUAAAAGUCAUCUCAAAACACACAUGAGAACUCAUACGGGAGAGAAACCAUAUACUUGCUCUGUAUGUCAAAGAACUUUUUCUUCUUCAAGUAAUCUCAAAAUACACACAAGAACUCAUACGGGAGAGAAACCAUAUACUUGCUCCAUAUGUCAAAGAAGUUUUUCUGUUACAAGUAAUCUCGCAAAACACAUAAAAACUCAUACAAAGAGAGAAACCAUAUACUUGCUCUGUGUGUAA